GCUUCUAGAUUUAGAAGGCAUGUGCCCCUGAAGGAAAUGAGAAACAGCUUAAAAAAAAGUUCUUCUCCUUAUAUUACUUCACCUAAUCCCUUUUUGGGGUGAGCAGUCUGGACCACACUUACUUGGAAACAGCAUUAGAACUGAAGUGGGCUUGAAGGAGAAAAACAUCUUAAGAAAAUGUAUUGGAGGCAAAAUACCAGGUUUAUUUUAACAAUCACUCUGGUUUUGCAGAAUAUUAAUUUUGGAGAAGGCCUUAAAAAAGAAGAUGACACUCCUGACCCUGAAGGAAAGGUGGAUGACAUUAUUCAAAAGCAUAGUGCAAAAGAGAGAGCCACCACAUUAAAAGUCUUCAGUGUUAUGAAUCACAGCUCCGAGUAUAAAAAGCAAAUCCGCUCGAGACAAAUUGUACCUUUCACUGGGCUAACGGAGAGUCGGACCCUUAACCGGCACUGUUGUAAAAAUGGAGGAACUUGCAUUCUGGGCAGUUUCUGUGCAUGCCCCCAAUACUUUGUUGGCCGAUACUGCGAGCAUGAUGAACGGAAAAGCAACUGUGGCCCAUUGGUGCAUGGAGAAUGGAUAUGGAAGAGUUGCCAGCUCUGUCGAUGUGCUUAUGGCAUUCUUAAGUGUUUAUCUGAACAAAGACAAAACUGUGCUUUAAAUAAAGAAGAGGAAUUCAUCUAUUUAACUUCAAAUUGUCCAAGAUUACAGCAAACAAUAUGCUUUCUUAUUCUUCUACUAGGCUGCUUUUUCACUUGGUUCAGCACAAAGGUUUUCUAUCAACUUUGAAGCUCUCACUUAUUUGGACUGGAAAUCCUGCAGAUGGAUCUACAGAAUGCGAGAAGGCUAAAAACAAAGACUGUUGUUGCAUUUCUACUAUUUAUUUACCUGUUUAACAGGAAUGCUUUAGGAUAUUUACUUCUUUUUCAUAAAAUUCCAGUUAACAGUUCUAUGGUAAAAUCACCCUUAAUUACCUCAUUCCAAUAGUGUUUGCUAGAUAAUAUCAAGGAGAAAAGAUGCAGAUGUUUUGCUAUUAAGGAUUCGAAUAAGACCUAAUUCAACCUUGCCAUUUCUGCUGCCCCUCAAAUAGUUGAAUUUCGGCUCCCAUAUUAAAAAUUGCAGUCCCAAGAUAUUUCAAGAGCACCACACUGAGAAUGCUUCUGUGCCUAGUUGUAAACAAAUCUGCAUCAAUGAAAAGUAAAACCAAAAUCUUUAAGUGAGCUCAAUUCCUAGUCACCUGAGAGAUAUACUCUUUUUUUUUUUUUUGGUGGCACUAUGAAAAUAAUUUCCAAUUGCCACCUUGAUAUUUUUCCCUCAACUUCCCAUUCUAGCCUCUCUACCCCCCUGAAGGUUUCCUAGUAUUCUCCCAUCCAAUUAUUAACCAAAAACACCAGUGGUGUUUCAAAUAUUAGCUCCACGUUAAACCAAAGGUUAAGUUAUUGUUAAUCAAAACUAGUAUACAGUAAUGUUGCACAAAUACUACUUCUGUUUGAAUCAGAUUUAAGCAGUAUAAAACUUUAUCUGUUGCAAUAUUGAUUCUUCCAGUGGAAGAAAACUUAGGUAUUAUAUGACAUUAAAAUAUUUUCAAAUAGUG